AUGGAGCUAAAGGAGUUCAGACAAAAGGAUAGUGAAACUAUUGAAGUUUACUAUGAUCAUCUGAAUGAGCUAAUUUAUCGAUGCAAUCGAUAUAGAAUCAUCAGGUCUGUUAUGGAGUUCAAUCUUACAUUUUUAAUGGGACUUCUUAAGGAGUGGAGAAGUGUUAGUAUGAUGGUGAAGAAUCAAAAAAGUUUCGACACAUCAUCCAUUAAUGACUUGUACAAUCAACUGAAGACUCAUGAAAGUCAGGUGAAUGAAAUAGCAGAGGAGUCGAAGCUCAGUCUGGGAGUUCCUCUAGCACUUGUUUCUAAGUGUAUGAGAAAGAAACUAUCAAAAAAGGUGAUUCCAAUGAUGAAGAAGGAUUCAUCAUUAAUUCUAAUGAUGAAGCAAUUUCUUCUUACUCGAACAACAGAGUUAAAAAGUUUUUCAAGAACCGUUCAAUCCGAAUUUAAAACAAAACGAAGCAAAACAUAUGAAAGAGAGAAGGUUGAUAAUAUUUCGUAUGAUUGUGAGAAAAAUAUUGCUGAAUUUGACAAUGUUACUGAUGAUAGAUAUGCAUAUGGAAUUGUCAAAAUUGAUGAAUGUCUUGAUUCAGAUGAAUUAGUUAACAUAGUGAAUGAAACUUUGACUAAAUCUGAACAAAUCAAAAUUUUGAAAAAGACUGAGAAUUCGAUAUCUGAUUCUUAUUCUAAUUUUUCUGAUAUUGAUGAUAAUUCUGAUAAUAUUAGUCUAAUUAGUGAUAUUGAGGAUGUUGAUUGUUGUCAGUUGUCUAUCAUUAAUGUUACAUCAAAAUCUAGAGGAAAAGAAAUAUUUAAGAAUUCGAAUGUUAAGAUUGACACUGACAAACCUUCAACUUCGAAAGUUUUUUAUUCUAAUUUUGUGGAUAUCCGAGAGAGUCAAACGGAUGACAGUGAUGAUGUAAAUGAUGAUGAAGUUCAACAGGAGCCUACAUCCAACAAUGAUUCGAAAGAAAAUGAAAUUCCACAAAUUUGCACUGAUGAUGUUAGAUUCCCAAAUCAAGUAUUUGUUACUACUGGUAAUGUUGAAAAAGUUCAACCGGAGUUUAAGAAAUUAGUUGAGGAAGCCAACAAGAAAACAAUAGAAGAAGGAUACUUUUCAAAUCAAAACAUUAUUGAAAAUAAUCUAACAAAGAAUUCGUAUGGUUUUCAAAGACAAAAACCUCAACGCAAAUGGGUUGAGGAAUCUAAAAUUGUGAAAGUAUAUGCUCAUGCAUUUCGUCCAAAAUCUAAUGCUGAUUUUAUUCCACAAAAACCGAAUUUUCCAAAUCCUUCGAUGAAACAACCCUCAAAGGUUUCGUACACAAAAGGGUUAUCUCUAGAGAAAAAGGUGUUAUGUGAUGAGCAAUAUGAUGAGAAAUUGUAUAUCGAGAGUGGAUGCUUACGUCACAUGACUGGUCGAAAAGAAAAUUUGAAAGACUUUCGAAGUUUGGAAAAUGCUGGAGUUGUGAAGUUUGGAAACAAUCACAAAUGUCAAGUCAAAGGAUAUGGCAAAGUUACGAAUGGAAAAUUCACAGUAAAUCGUGUUGCUUAUAUCGAAGGACUUAACCAUAAUUUUAUAAGUGUUUCACAGCUUGUUGUGGGCACUGGUAAUCAAGUUGUGUUUAACGAAGCGGGAAAUAUUAUCUCAAAGAUUGAAAUGAACGAAGUGUUGCUGAAAUCAAAACGAUAUGAUCGUGUUCAAGGUUUGCCAGUAUUAAAAUUUGAUAAUGAUACUUUAUGUGCAACAUCCAAACAAGGGAAACAACAUCGACAAGGACAUCCAAUUGUGAUAGAUUUGAAAAUUUUUGAAUCGUUGGAACUUCGUCAUAUUGACCUUUGUGGACCAUCAAUUGUUGAAACUCUCAACAAGAAACGAUACAUUUUCGUUAUUGUUGUUGAUUUUUCACGAUUUAUGUGGGUUUAUUUUCUCAGAUGCUUUAUAAUGAAUCACAAGGAUUAUCUUUCGAUGUUUCAAGCUAAGGCUGACGAAGGAAUAUUUUUGGGGUAUUCGCAUAAUUCAGUUGCAUACAGAGUGUUAAACAAGCGCACAAGAAAAGUAGAAGAGACAUUCAAUCUUACUUUUGAUGAUUAUUAUGUUAAACAAGUUGACAAACUUUUCGAACAAAGGCAGAUUAUUAAUGAAUCAAAUGAUGAAUCUGAAAUUAUGGGUUUAGAAAAUGAAGAUUUAUACGAUGAUGCACAUUUGAAUUUUGAUCCUUCAUAUCCACCACUCGAAAAACGGAUAAGAGAUCAUCCAAAGGAACAAGUGAUUGGAAAUCCACAAAUUGGAGUCUUAACAAGAACUCAACUUCGUGAAAAGAACGAGGUGGUUGCAAUCUUGAUCGAAAAAGCACGAGUGGAGGAUGUCAAUUACUUGAUGGGCAAUUGGUGA